AUGAAGACUAAUUUAGUUUUUGCUUUAUUUUUUUUGUUCAUAAGUGUGUGCGAAUCCAAUGCUAGUUUAAGAGGGCAAUCUGAAUUAAAUACUUCACAAGAAGGGAAAAAUGCCGAGCAUAGUCAACAAAAAGAUUCUGAUGUACAACCUGAAGGAUCUACAUCUAUAACUGGUAAUAGCGACACCCUUUCUGGUGUUGGUGAUGGUGCUGUUGUUGGUACUGGUCCUGGUGCUGGUCUUGGUGCUGGUGCUGGUGUCCCUGGUGGUGUUGCUGGUGUUGGUGGCGUCCCUGGUGGAGUUGGUGUUGGUGGUGUCCCUGGUGUUCCGGGUACUGGUGGUGUUCCUGGUGCUGUCGUUCCAGGAAGUCCUAGUUCAGAUUCAGAAAUUGAAGAACCACAAAAUGUAUUGACGGAAAUAACAAUAGAAAGCACUGAGAACGUUCAAAUAACAGAAGAAGAAUUAGCUGUAUGUGAAGAAAUUGAAGAAAGUUAUGAUGAAAUGGAAGAAGAAGAAGAAGAAACUGAAGAGCAAAUACCAGAAAACUUUGAAAUAAAUAUUGAAGAAGAUGAAGAUGAAGAAGAGGAAGAAGAAGAAGAAGAGGAAGAGGUCGAAGAAGAAGAGCAAACCUCAUCAACAGAAAAUCCCGAAGCAGGAGAACAAGGAAGUACGCAAACACAAGAAUCAAAUGGUACUAAUCCUGAAUCAUCUACACAAACCAAUACUGAUGAAAAUGGUCAAACUAUAAAGAAAGGUACAACCGGAGGCGCAGCGCCUUUAAUUAAUGCCAUAUCUAACGAUCCAAUUAAUGCAGAAUCUAGAAAUGUUGUUGAAUCUAAACAAGAAGCUAAAGAAAUAAUGAAAACCUUAGUUACUAUGUUUGACGAUGUCGAUGUAUUUGAUGAACCUGUAUUUGAUUUCUCAGAUGAUAUUUCACAAUUUCUUAUUAUAUAA